AUGGUCGUCUUCGACUCAUGGCCGUACUUUAUCCACCGCUACAUGCACCACAACAAGGUCCUCUACCGGAGGUUCCACUCGUGGCACCGCCGCAUCGCAGCCCCCUACGCCCUCGCGGCGCAGUACAAGUGUACAACUACCCCGUCGACGGCGUGCUCACGGAAACUGUGUCCGGCGCGCUAUCAUACUUCGUGUCAGGGAUGUCUCCGGCGACGGCGUUCGGGAACAACGCAGCGUACCACGAUGUGCAUCACCGGCGGUGCGGUGCGGGGAGAUCGCAUAAUUUGGCGCAGCGAGUCGGACAGGAUUAUGGGCACAUAUGUGCCGUAUGCGGUCGUGAAGAGGGAGGACGGGACAGGAUAUGAAGUCAGAGUGAUUGAGGAGAAGUGA